AUGGAUUCGACGGUGUACGGCGUCGUAGCUGACGGUCAGUACUUCGUUUUCUUGAAGAUCAACAAUGAUUCGCAGUGGUGCGAGCAUAUUGUUUCUGCUCACCUGAACAAUUACCAGGAGGUACUCAGAUUGCUCGUGCACAUUUUUCAUGCUGCCGCAAUCAUGUAA